AUGGGCAUUCCUCAUCUGAAGCGGCAUCUUGAGCCCUACGCAACAAGGAUUGAUCUUGACAAUCGUGCCGUGGUCAUUGAUGGACCAGCCCUUGCCUAUCACAUUCUAUUUCUGUGCAGACGAACGGCCUCCAGGAAUAGCCCGUUUGAGCUGCCAUCGUAUCGUCUGCUUGGGGAGACCGUUAUAUCAUGGCUAGACGAGCUGCUAGCAUGCGGUGUCUUUGUGUCUACUAUUAUAUUCGAUGGGUACCUCCCAGAAGCUAAAACUGAGGAGCGCAAGCAAAGGCUGCUGAGGCUUUCCAAGGGCCUCGGUAAUUAUUUUGCAUCCCAUCCUACAGGAGUACCAUCUGGAAGAACCGGUAGAUCGCAGAAUGUUGUAUUGUUUCCAGGGCCAUUUGCUCUUAACUCCGGAGGAAGCCUGCCCAUACCAGCGUUCCUCGUUCCAGCUGUUAUCGAGGCUCUGAAAAAAUCGGGAUCUUAUGGAAACCUUACCAGAGUUGUACCCGGGGAGGCUGAUUCGUUUUGCGCUCUCCAUGUCCGUUCACAUGGAGGCGUCGUCCUCACAUCUGAUUCGGACCUUCUGGUCCAUGAUCUCGGUCAAAAUGGAAGUGUGGCUUUCUUCAGUGACCUGGAGCUCAAAGUCGACUCGGGCGACCAAGUUGUCGUCGCUGCUGAAUAUCUUCCUGCGCAUAUCUGCACGAGACUCUCUAUCGCACCAGGCAAGGGAAUUCGGGCCCUAGCUUUCGAGUUGAGCAUCCCUCUAUCCCUGACAUUUGAGCAGUCGUUAGAGCGCUCCAAGAGAGGGACUUCAUUGGGUGCACACCCAAUGGAGUAUGAAAAGUUUAUCCGACAGUACUUGUUGCCCGAAGUCGUGGAGCACGAAUUCCUCAGCCCACCCGCCUUGGACCUCGACCCUCGCAUUUCGGAACAUAUUCUCGAAGUAAUUGUCCUAUCCUCUCGCCCCCCACGAGCGACAUCGGGUGACCAAAGCUCUGAAGAUGGCAUCGAGGGUGCCUCCAUGUAUCUCCCUUUUCUACUCGAUUCGCCCUCCCGUACGAGCGCAUGGGAAGCGAGCAGAUCUGUAAGGCAAGCUGCUUAUGGGCUGUUGCAGAUCCUAAUGGACCGUCCGAUCCGGAAAGUGAUAGAGUUUAGGAGGCUUCAGUCGCCAUCAGGAGGAACCCAUCUCCAGCUGCCUCAACUAUCGUCCCUAGACAGCGACUGCCUCGACAUAAUAGAAUCAAUAUCACGCAUACGAGAAAUUACAGCCCAGCCAGAUAUCCAAUGGGUGAUGUUUUCGGUAUACCAGGACAUCUCCCUCUCCAUCGCUCAAGGGAAAACCCGUCCUCUCAGUAUCCAGGUGUUGCAAAUGGAAGCAAAAGGAACUUUGGAUACGACUUCCUGGGAGUUUGUUCAUUUUCUGGCACAAGUUCAAGGCACCCUAUACUCCCUACGGAUGCUUCAACAAAUCAUGGACUUCGUCUUCAACCAAGCCGACCAGAACAUGUCCAAACCGUUUGCAGACUUGCGUUCAUAUUUAUCUAAGAUACCGCCCCUUGACGAAUUUCCCCUGCUCGAGAACUUUGCCCCCCUGCUUCAGCAUAUCCACCAAGCUGGCUGUCUUUCAGCCUUCGCUGCCGCCUUCCAGUUCCCCGACGAUGUCGCGGCACAGAUGAUGAGGGCACUUCAUUUCGAGGAACGGAAGCGGCAAAAAGCAACGAAAAAACCACAGCCGGUCCCUAAUGGGCGACUCUCGAACAAUCCAUUUGACCUCUUAAGGCCUGGGUAG